AUGAAGCGUCUCGAGUGGCUGCUGCUCCUGGCGUGCGUAGCAUCCGUGUCAACGGCAGUGGCUCCACGGAGGAGGCGUCACAGCACAGCGGUGGAAUCAUCGCCCACCUCCGGUUCCAGUGAUUGGGGAUCGGCCUGGGGAUUGGGUCUGGGUCCCGAGAUGGCACUCGUGCGGAGGGUCUACGACGACUGCCAGGACAAAAACGACUUCAUCGGCUGCCUCAAGCAGAAAGCCCUCCAUGCGCUCAGUCGAGCCCUGGACCAGGACUCCAUCAAGAUCGUGGACGGCCUGGUGCUGGAGAAGCAGAACCAGAGCGAGACGGAGAGUGUCCUGGGCUCCCUGACGGAUGCCCGCCAGUUCGGCAGCCUGCCGCCCAUCGACCGAGCCCUUCUCUCCAAGGCGGACAAGCUGAUGCGGACGCACACGCUCAAGAUCGACAUGGACGGAGGUGGCGCCCAGGAGAGUGUGGGCCGUGGCCACGAGCACGGGCACAAGAAGAAGAAGCACAAGGACGGGGGCCACAUCAAGUACGUGGUGGCGGCCCUCCUCACCGCCAUGGGCAUCGCUGGUCCUCUGGGCCUCAAGGCUCUGGCCGCGAUCGCCGGCAAGGCUCUGGUCAUCAGCAAGGUGGCCCUGACCAUCGCCGGGAUCAUUGCGCUGAAGAAACUCUUCUCGCACGACCACAGCGAGGAGACCAGCUUCCAGGUUCACGCCGGUGAACACAACAGGCGCAACACUUACGUGAUCCGGCCGGUGUCCAAGACGAGCGGUGGUGCAGGAGCAGGAGCUGGAGCCGGAGGCGUGGGCAUGGGUGUGACCGCAGCCGGAGGCAGCUCAUCGGUGGAUCCAUAUCGCUACUACUACGAGUACCACCAGCAGUAACGCGAGUGCACAGUGUCGAGUCGGUGUCUGGAGAAAUCUCCGCCGUGGUCCGGCGGAGUCCUGAAGCAGCUAACCUACCAAAGAACCGAUCCACAUCCAGUCGGGCCCAUUCAGUGAAGCCCGACAGCAGCCGUUCACCUUAAAGUAGCUCCUAAGUUGUAGGCUAAUCUAUUAUGCAGUUGUCUGAACCAUGAACCCUGAAAAUGAAACCCAAAUAAUAAACGAUAUUGAAAUGUA